AUGCCAAUUCGGACAGUAUGGCAAUUACAAAUGCGCCAAACAGAGAGGCUUGCUGUUAUUGCUUGUUUCGCUAUUGGUCUCACGUGUUGCGUCAUUGGCAUUUUUCGAUUUUGGCAAUUACUAGUUGUCAACAUUGGCGGUAACUUGACCGGCACUUCCUUGACGACUUUUAUGUUCUGCACCGUCGAGCUUAUGCUUGGAGGACUCUGCACCAACGUUCCCACGCUUCAAAGUUUUUACGUGCAAUGGCGAGCGAAACGCAGGGCAUCUGAACUCGAAGAUGCGAAUAGCCAAAGCGAAUUCAAGAGGUUGCAGAUUGUACAAUCUCAAGGCCAACCAAAGUCGGGUCAGCCUGAUUAA